CAGUCUGCCUUUGGCGACCGGUGGUGCGGAGGAGCGUUGGUUGUUGUGUUCGGGUCGGGCAUCUCUCGCCUUCUCGUUGUGUAUGUGUGAGUGUGUGUGCAGAGCGAGAAACGCGUAGUAGUACGAAGGGGGCGUGCGGCCCUGUUUUCCUGGCGUCUAGACGCGAAUGUCGCGUCGUAGCGCACGGUCGUCGUCUCUCUGGUUGCCGCGAGACAAGAUCUUCGUGCACCUGAUCGUCAGCUGCUUGCUUGACGUCUUGAAGGGCGCCAGUGGUGCUGUGUAACGAACCAGUCUUAUUAGUGGUUGUGACUUGGAACUCACCUGCGUGUUCGGAAGUUGUAGCCUGCCCCGUCUUCUCGCGGUGUGCGUAAUCGUCGAGCGUUUCUGCAAGGCUCAACAUCUGCGGUGUUGCGAGGCUUUGUUAUUCUGUCUCCGUGGCAUUUCGAGCGUCGCUUUGUGCCGAGAAGAAGCGGUUAUUUCGUCUGCAUUGUCGUCUGUUCGGUCGUACGUCACCCGGGCAGCUUGGUUUCGCGGUUCAGCCAUGAGGAUUAACGGUCACAAGGAAGUUCGCUUCCAAGACACCUGCGACGAAGGUGGUGGCAGCCAAGAGCAGACGACCCAUGAGGAAGAGGACAUGCUGAACCAUGACGAGCUGUCCCUCCAGGAGCGGGUCAGUGACCUCGAGAAGAAAAGCCUCGAGCAGGCAGACGAGAUCACCUGCCUGCGGAGCACCAUUGCCGACCUGCUCAGGCGCAUCAACCAGCUCGAGGGGAGGGCUCCGGUGAUCACAAAUUCCAACAGCCAUGCCACAACGCCAACCAAGGUGUCGCCGUCCUUGCCUCAACAUCCGGCUGCCGUCCAGAACCGACAUACAUAUCAUAGACAGGCCAGCAACAGUUCCACAUCGUCCUACACAGACGGGGUGACGCCGCACAAUGGCAACCACCACCCGACGCACACUUCGCCAGGUGUGGCGCCCCAGCGCCGACUCAGUUACUUUCCUACUGCGUCCACCAGCUCACUGCACAGUGAGGGUGGCCAGAGCUCGACGUCAGCGUCGCCCGUCCCGUCUCCGGCGCCCUCGUCCUACCGCAGCUCUCCCUCGCCCCGGCAGACGCCCUCUCCAAACCGCCACAUCUCGGCCUCUACGUCCAACCUGUCUGCCAUGAGGCGGUGGAGCAGUAGUUGCAGCAGCCAGGACUUUGCCACUGGCAACAGACGCAUUGUAAGUGGUUCCAUGUACAAUCUGCCCAUGCGGUCUUCCUCGGGGACUCUCUAUAGACAUGGCACGAGAGAGGCCCAGCUCAAUACAGAGGAUGGCACUGUGCGAAUGUACCUGCGUGGCCGCCCCAUUGUGAUGCACAUUCCGAGCGAGCAGCUACAUGACUACAGUCUCAUGAAGGUCAACAGUGCGCCAUCGCAGAGGCUCAAGCUGGAGUGGGUCUACGGGUACCGGGGCCGCGACUGUCGGGCCAACCUGUUCCUCUUGCCCACGGGCGAGAUGGUCUACUUCAUAGCGGCCGUGGUGGUCCUCUACAAUGUGGAGGAGCAGAUUCAGCGGCACUACCUGGGACACACGGACGACAUCAAGUGCCUUGCAGUCCAUCCAAAUAAGCUCCUGAUCGCAACAGGUCAGGUAGCAAGUAUAGACAGACGAGAGAGAAAGCACAUUGGUGCGCACUCUACGUGCGGUCCCUGUGCGUGCUCCUUGUUCCAGCCUCAUGUCAGGAUAUGGGACUCCGUCAGCCUCAACACGUUGCACGUCAUCGGAGUUGGCGACUUUGAACGAGCGGUCAGCUGCAUUGCGUUCUCAAAGAUGGACGGUGGCUCCAUCCUGUGUGCAGUAGACGACUCGAGCGAACACACCAUUUCUCUCUGGGACUGGCAACGAGGAGAGAAGGGGGUGAAGAUUACGGAGACAAAGAGUGCUUCGGAUACGGUUCUGUCCGUGGAGUUCCACCCGAUGGACCGGCACACCCUGGUGACACUUGGAAAAGGUCACAUCCACUUCUGGGACAUGGAGGGGGGAACACUCGCUAAGAAGCUUGGCCUCUUUGAGAGGGACAGUCCCGGCAGCGGCGACUCUGCUGUCACAAGCAAAUACCUGGUGAAGAGCAACAAGCCCAAGUACGUGCUCUGCAUGACCUUCACAGAGCUCGGGGAACUGCUCACUGGUGACUCCAACGGAAACAUCAUGGUCUGGCAGAGGGGCUCCAACAAGGUGUGCAGGACGGUUGUGGGUGCCCAUGACGGGCCACUGUUCUCGAUUUGCGCCAUGAAGGACGGCACGAUAGUCACGGGUGGUGCAAAAGAUCGCAAGGUGGUCCAGUGGGACUCCAGCCUCACGAGGACGGGUCAAGAGGCCAAGCUUCCGGACAUGGCUGGUGGGAUUCGAACCCUUGCCCAGGGCAAAGGCAGCAUGCUGCUCAUCGGGACCACUCGGAACUCAAUCCUGCAGGGAACAUUCAGCCUCAACUUCUCCACUGUCGUGCAGGGCCACACGGAGGAAAUCUGGGCGCUGGCGGUCCACCCAACGCAGAACCAGUUUGUGACAGGUGGCUACGACUGCCAGGUGCAUCUCUGGGACACCCUGUCGCACUCGGUAGUCUGGAGCCGGGACCUGGGCGAACAGGCGCAGGCUGCCUGCUUCUCCCCCGAUGGCAGCGUCCUGGUGCUCACCACACGGACGGGUCGGUGGAGCGUCAUAGACUCGUCCACGCGGCAGCUCUACUCGAUGCACAGCGACGGCACCGAGCCCAUCGACGCCGUGGCAUUCUCGCCAAAUGGCCAGCUCCUCGCCCUCGGCUCACGAGACAGCUUCAUCUACGUGUACCAAGUCAGUGAAGAAGGCCGCAAGUACAAUCGCAUCAGCCGGUGUUCGGGCCACUCGAGCUUUGUCAUCCACCUGGACUGGGCAGUUGACAGCACGUACCUGCGUUCAUGUUCUGGCGAUUAUGAGAUCCUCUACUGGAAUGCCCUGGUCUGUCGGCAAGUCACCAACAUGUCAAUCACUCGAGACCUCAAAUGGCACACGCAGACAUGCACCAUUGGCUUUAGCGUGUACGGCAUCUGGCCCGAGAAUGCCGAUGGCACGGACAUAAACACGUGCUCCCGUUCCCACUCGGGCCGACUACUUGCCACCGGUGAUGACUUUGGCAAAGUCAGGGUCUUCUCCUACCCUGCCUCCCAGCCCAAGUGCCUGAGCCACAUGUAUGGUGGUCACAGCAGUCACGUGACAGCAGUGGACUUCUUGCCCGACGACAACCGUCUCAUCUCCCUGGGCGGACGGGACUGCGCAGUGCUUCAGUGGGCCGUCGUCUGAAAUUGCAAGGGGCACCAAGAGGAACAGUUGGGCCGCACGCUUCGAAGUCACGCGACAAGGAGUUGCACCUCUGCGCCCCAGGACGAUACGGGACAACACGUCAAGAGUGACACAAGGCUGUCCCGGUUGUUUCAACACACCGGAAAAUUCCUCCACUGUUGAGGGUCUCAGUUGGCUCCGAGGAGCCAGGGCGUUGGAAUUUCCCAGUGGUGAAACGGUCCUGAAUGUGGCUCAAGGAAUCGAACAUGCAGAGGGUGACUUACGAAAGGCAAUUCGGUUGUCAUUUGUGUUCACAGCCUGUGAUUGUCUAUUGUUUGUGAAGUCAUGACCGUCGUUUGCAUUGCGUGUCACAGUGUGUUGUUGUGUGGGCAGUCGAUGGAGGCAAAUGUGUGAGGAUGCUGUAAUCCGCUUGCUGAGUGAGGCUCAUGCAAACAUGCUGAGAAAAUGGCAUCUGAAAAAAAAAAAAAAUGCUCUCGCUGUCUGUUCUAUUCUGAUUGCAACCGGUGAUUGUCGGUCCUAAUCAAAUUAGCUAUUUGCGUCGCUUGCUGCCAGUGAAGGCAGUUGUAUCGGCAGUUGUUGGAUGUAGAUGUACGAUUCAACGCCGUAAUCAGCUUGCUCUGCAAAAUCAGUGAAACUCUAUCUAGCAAGAUCACAUGAGCAUGCUGGUGGUUAUUGCGGGCUAAGUAAUUUGUAGCUACUUCGAGGAUCGCAACAAUUAUUUUUUUUUCUUUCUUGAUAAUCGUUGAACCAACUCGUGUUGUGCAGACAUAAGCAUUGACUGUUACUGUCAUCCGUAUUGGAAAACAGAGGUAGCGGCUAUCAUUUUACUGGUUGUUGAGGCAUAUACGUGUCUAAUAACAUGUCAGCGUAUCACUGUCAGGAUGUAAUUGUACACUGCUCACUGCACCAUCGAAAGGAUUGUCUGGUUUCUCAUCAAAAUUUAGUUGCACGUUGUGUUCGUGAGAUCUGACAAAGUCCAUUUUCGGCAUCACCGUUCGCCCCAUGCGCAUGCGAUUCUUGUUUUCUUUUCGCUCUGUGGUUGGAUGACAUCAUUGCCUCAUAAUUAUCACACUGUGAGCUGUUAUUUCAUUAGCACUGUUUGUUAAGAUCCCCCAUAAAUGGUGUCCUCAAUAUGGUCCCCCCCCCCCCCUUGUUUUUUUUUUAUAUUUGACUCUAGGUGCCUAGUACACAGCUUUCGCAAGAAAUAAUGGAACUACUCAGCUCAUGAUCACAGCUCUGAGGUACUCCACACAGGCAACACAGUCCAGCGACUGUACUCACUGACGCAGUCGCCCCUGGCAGCAUUGAUUCUUUUGACAAAGGCUGGUACAUAGCUUUUUCACAGGUAGGACAGAUGUGCUAUUCCGUUCUGUGUCCUUAGUGAACAAGUUGGGCGUGAAGACAUUGAUCAUUGACGUGCCUCAACCACAAACUCUGUAAAGCUCUCGCACGAUUUGCCUUGUGCAGGUCAGCUUAGGCCCACGUUAUUUAGUGGCAGGUUUAGCUUAGAUUGUCCCAAAUGACUGCUGUGUGUUGCGCAAUUGAAGGUCUCUCUUCACUUUGGUCACCAUCUGAAGCCGCUAUUCCUUUCUCUUCUUUUUUUAAGCAGCAACUGUUUUCAACUGUGAAUUUAAGUAUGGCAACAUCGCAAUUAAGUUAGUUCCGACUAUGUUUUACAUUGUCUCCGCCACUGUGUGAACAUUUGCUACCAGGAAUCUCGCCUUCUUUGUGCAACUAUCGUUUAAUCAGCUUCUCUCCUGUCAUGCUCUGUUAUGAUGGUUCUGCACGGAGAUGUUGCGAGUACUAGUUGUAGCAUCAUCCAAGUUGCCAUUGUGCGACGCGUUCAAAUUUUUUUGCACUUAAUGGCACCAGGUUUAAUGCAGACAAUUUUGUAUACUCUUGCAGUAUUUGUUGCAUUGUUUGUUUAAUGCCAUGGCUCAUGAGGUCAAUAGACUGUCCUAAUAGACCUUGAAAAAAACAAAAAAAACAAAGGAACUGCCUACAAAGGUAUCUUUUGUUGGCUUUGACUAUGGCUUUUGUGGUUAUCGUUGCAUGUAGACUUAAAUGGAAGAGAGAAAAGACUGUGAUUCUGCGUUUUGAAGUUCCACAUUGUAGUAGCUCGUACGAAACAACAUAGGUGCUUUGUGAAAGCCCUCCACAUCGGCAAUUUGUACUGCAGUCCAUUUUGACUUCCGAGUGUGCCUGUUGGUUUGAGCAUGGGUGUUCGCAAGGGCUCAGUGUGUGAUAAAAGUAAAAAAAAAAAAAUUGUAAGCUUAACAGCAAUACACGAGGCAUGUGAAAAUGUCUAUGAAGAGUUGAGGUUGUGACCACGCUCUUAGCGUCUGCUACAUCUAUGUUGUGUGUACAUGCGUGGCGCCGGACGUGUGUGCAGAGGUUACACUUCCAACUGCUGUGCCGUAAUUUCCACAUUUCUAAUUCCUAGCCUCAUUUAGAAAUUUUGGGAUUGAGUGUUCAAAGUGUUUGUUGCACGAGCAAUUGUGGUGCGGUCAGUCAUCAGUGACAUAACUGUGACGCUAUUGCAGUCAUUGUGACGCACCUCUGUACGUGAUGCUGAUAUGUUGGUGACUUGACUAUAGCUGUGUGUUGUACAUUUGCAUGCGGCAGUUUUCAUACCAGCAUGCCAUUUUUGUGACUCGCGCACGGUUUGCCAUGGAGUUGAGGGAUAGACUGUAUUUACAAGGCCCAUUCACUCCCGAUGUGAGUAAAGUUUGCUGAGAAUGCCAGAACUGUGUUUUCCAGGGGCAGUUUUAUGCGGUAGACAAAUAAAUUGUUGCAUGAAAGCCACGAAGCAUUGCAUAAGCAUUCGCAGCAGUUAAAUAUUUGAGAAAGUUUUCACUUCGCACAUCUCUUCGUCUUUAGCAGCAGAUGCUCUCACUGCAAGAUACGAUAAUUGUGGUUACGCUCUAGUACGUGUGCUUGCUAUGUAUCGCACUGCAAUCCUUUAUUGCAAUAAUGCUUCUUAUGGUGAUAGUUAUGGAUCACUAUACUAUAGCUGCCUCUUUUGGCUGGAAGUUAACUUGACAUUGCUCUAGUGUCUUGAGGAGACAGUUGCAAAAUAGCAUUUGCGAGGAGGUGGGAGCUUGAAUUUUCUUGCGUGCUUGCUUCCGGGAGUGCAAACAAACUAUGUAGCUAUCUUUCCGGUGUUUUAUAACAAUGUUAAGGCCCUAAAUGCGUGGCGUUUUUGAACGCUCGUCUUGGUAUGUUCACUUGCAGUGACAAAGCUUGCUGGCAACUUGCCAUAUUAUUACAUUGCUUGUCUUUAGCUUUCUUUUUUUUUGCACUAAAUUUUUUUGCCAGCGUUGUUUGGGUGCUUAGCACUGUGCAAGUCAUUGAUUUCAUCAGAGGUUUUCAUGUCGACAUGAUCUGCAUGUGGAGUGGGUGUUUUUUUGUGAAGAGUGACUCUUGUUUUUACUGCACUGAGAUUGUGUAUUCGGGAACUGACAGCUAUAUCUGGUGAGAUCGAAGUUUCCUCGAAAGACAGCGCAUGAGCUAGACGUUCUUUUUCAUAUUUUUUUAUACUUUCUUUUUUGGUAUGUUCGUUCCUGUUUGUCUUGGCAAAUGUCGGGCAGCAUGUAUACUGCCAGUUAGUGGAGGAACAAUUGUGCAUUAACAGUUUAGCCUCCUCAGCAUGGAAAUGAGGGACGUCACUGUUACGCUUUCGUUGUGAUUCGUUCAACAGGGUUACGAGCCUGUUGCAUUAAUAUUGUGCAUUCUGGGGGUGCAGCUGUUUGUACGUUCAAUCAAAAGCGCAUGGUAAAAGUGAAUGAAAAACCAAAUAAGCAAUAUUCUGCGAGCUUUUAUAUCGCAAAGUGCACGUCACGUUGUGCUUAUAUAUCCCGGUGCUUGUUAACUUUUGCCGAACGUGCGCAUACUUUUCAACAGUUCGGUGCAGACUAUCCCGUUCACUGGCAGUAAAUGAUGAAACUGCUUGUAGCAGUAGGUCUGUUCAUUGCUUGUCUGCUAGCAGGCCGUGAAAUAGGCAUUUGUAACAGCAGGUCAUCAUCACAUAAAUGGAUGUGGUUGUUUUGCUUGUCUGGUCAGAGGUUGUAGAUGUUGAAUGCAAGACAGUGUCUCUUGUGGAGUUACUGACAUGCUCUUAUUGGUUCACAUUUGUCAUGUGCCUGCUGUUAUUUUUAUCGUGUCAACAAUGAAUGAGAACUUUGCAGCUGUUUUAUGUUACCAUGCUUACCGUUCAAAGUGAGACUUUUUUUUUAUUUUAGCACUGUUUACAUUUGUUUCAAUGUUUUACCAACUGCUUGCUCGUUUUGUGGCGCAUGGUAGGUUGCGAUUGUUCAAUGUAAACAUGGUGCGUUAUUUUUUUCGCAUUUAACAUUUCACUCAUUUACUUCAUGGCAUCUGGAAUGCACAUUGAAGCAUAUGCAACUGCAUGUUUGUAAAAGUGCGUUUGAAGUGUUGGUUUCUGCAAAUUUGUGAAAUGAAAACACAUCCACUCUGCACUUGUGCAUAAAGCACUUUGGAUGUCUCUCAGAGACAUUACAGCUGCCUGCAGAUAUGAAAGAAGCUGUUAAAUCAAAAGGGCUUGCUUCGUAUCUUUAGUUGCAACUUAAGCUAUACACAUUGAUAUACUGGCCUUCAUGCCAAAGCCUGGUAGGAAGCUUUUCGUCUUCAUAAAUUUUUGGAGCAGCUGUUCAUUUUUCUGCUUUUAAAUCAAAGAUUUUUGUUACCUUAUUGAUGUUUCGAUGCAGCUAGAUCAGUUGACAGCUGCAUGGUUCUGUGUGCGGUGUGUGUGCAUGAAAUUAUUUGAACACAUACUGUGGAGCAUGUCUUGGAUCAUACCGUGCGCUUUGUAUAUUUAGGAUGUUUGCGGAGCACUGCCUGCUGUAUUCAGAAAUAUGCUCGACUGUAAUAUCACGCUCAAAUCUGCUGAGUGAAAAGAAGCAUUGACCCCCCCCCCCCCCCUUCUCAUCCGGCACCAAUUUAUAUGGCUACUACAAUUCAGUAAUUGUCCCUUACGACAUGCCUGAAAUUUUGCAAUCGGGACACUUUCAAUAUGUGCUCAAAGGUGUUGGAGUUAAGGGGGCAUUCCAUUUAAAUUAUUAAUCCUUAAGAGCCUGGAGGGCAUUGCGUAAGGGAGGCACACAAGUGCGUAUUAUGCAAUCAACAUGCAACCGCUUAGUGCAGGAGCAGUUUAGAAGCAUUGCUGAAUUGCCAUCACUACUUCAGUCAAGGCUGACCUCAGCACAGCUGAUACAAGUAAGAGUGAACUUCAAGUGGAGGUAGCAUUCAGGAAUCUGGAAACUCUGUUUGUUUUUUAAGCUGCAAAGUUUAAAGAGAGCAUUACCAUUGCCACUACGUCUUGCAGCAGUUCUUGCUCAACGUUAAGCUCGAAACGUCCUGAGUGCGCAAAUGCAUGAAUCGGGCCAAGUCGACAGGAGCAUUUCACAUGCAGGCUUUAAGGUAACGAGUAACUCGAGUGUGAGCCAUAUUCAUAGCUGGUGUUGCCACAUGAAUGCCACAUCAUGUGGUUCACAUGUAUAAUGUAACAUGCAGCACAAGUUAUGUACAGCACAUGAGAAAAGUGAGUUCAUGUAAUGGCUGCUUGCGGCCUCAUCAUUUCAUCUAUCGUAGCAUCAUUGUAGCUUCCCGUCUUUUUUCACACCUCUUGGGUACGAGCAGAGGUGUGGAGUGUACUGUGUACAUUUUGGUUUCUUGCCAAAAUUUUUGGGGGUGUCAUGUAUGGUCAGGUUUGGAAAUGUGUAGGCCCAAGUGCAUUUUCUUCACCGCAGUGUCUUCUUUUCUUUCUUCUGUAGUUAUAGUCUGUGUACAAAGCAUUAAUGAGACAAGAAUGUUUUUUUUUUUCCCAUUCUCUUGAGGAUUAGAAACUUGGAACAAGAGAGAUGGAAACAAGGAAGGAAAGUCUGAUGUUUAUGAUGAGUAUAGCUUUUUCACCAUGCAGUCCUUCAAAUUGCUUAAAGUGUACAUAACAGGGUUAGUAUGACAUAGUAUGACUUGGAGUAAAAAUAAUGCUUUCUGACAUCGUUCAGAACAAGUUCUUUGUCGUGUGUUGAGUGGUUCAUGCAGUAUGUUAUUGCAAGUUAAAUACAUCACUGCAAGUCAGUGAUGAACAUAAUCAUUAUCAGAGUUAGUAGGCUUUUGUAGAACCAUUACGGAAGAGCUGGGCAAAUUAUGUCAACAAAAAUCUUGUGCAAGGUUGCCUUAUUUUUUGUUGUUUCCUGAAGCAUUGCGAAUCUGCAUACACUUUGAAAGUAUCUGCUAAUGCAUCCCUACUGAACACACCUGUAUGCAUUCUCAUGAUUCUGCAUGACUUCUGUAUCUGGAAUGAAAAAAAAGCAGAACUGGUAUUGUUUCCAUACCUGUAAUACCGAAAACUUUUGAAAUUAUGAAAAUCCAUGUGCACCAGUUUUGUUGAGACAUGUUAACUCAUUGCAAUAUAUAAACACCAUUCACAGCUCGCACGUCAUACAUUAGCAUAGUUCACAAGCCAGUUCUCCUUUUCUACGCACAUGCCAGAGUGUCAGGCACAUCACCAUCAUGUUGUUACUUUUUUACAUUUAUUUGCAGAUUGAAUAUAUAGUGCAUACAAAUAAUCGGUAAUAAUAUAUACGACAGCAGGAGCACCCUUGUGCACCCUGAAAUGUCCUUGAGCUCGGAGUGGCGAUUGUUGCAUACAUGGGCUGCCGCAAUAUGACGAACCUUUUAUGUGUGCAGCUACAGAUUCGUUCCGUGUUGUCCAUUUACUUUUUUGCCAGCAUGGAGGAUUUUCUAAGCCCCGUGUGGGUUUGGGGCUACACUCGUAUAUUGACAUGUGACUGCUAUGGACUGGCAAUAUUUAUUAUGUAUCUGCUUUGAGUGAAAACUCUCAUUUUGCUUCUCUCUUUGUAAAUAACUAAUAAAAAUGCACAUCUUCUAUGC